AUGGACAACUUUCCACUGGAAGUGCAGCAUAUUUUGGCACCCGCGUUCGGCAUUCUUUCGGCCACACAACUUACUCAGAUGGCUGAUCGGCUUAUGGAGAUGCACGGUUUUUCCAAGCCAUCCAAUGCAGCACUCUCAACUCCCUCAUCUCCUCCUGCGUCUCCCAUUUCGCAGUUGGAGAUCGAGCUCAGCAAGCUGGCCAAUGAUAUAGCUUCACUCCAGAGGCAGGCAGUUUCUCCCUCAUCUCGGAGUCAACCGAAGCCGUCCACCCCGAAACUCCAGUCUUCACAUUUAACCCGUCCAAACGCAGCUGCCAUCUGCUGGUACCACACCACUUUUGGUGUUAAAGCCCGUUGCUGCAUCUCUCCUUGCUCCUUCACCUCCAAGCAGAGCAAACGGGUAAAACCGGUCAACCCGAAAAUCAGUGCUACCAAUCUUCCCGACAGCACUAACCCUGGUCACACAUUUUACGUCCGCGACACCAGGAGUGGCAGACGUUUCUUGGUUGACACUGGUGCCCAGCUAAGUGUCAUUCCACCAACACCAACUGAUCGUCGGUGUCCCAAUCCCGGUCUUUUCCUACAGGCUGUCAGCACAUCGCUGAUUACCACCUUUGGCACUUGCUCCCUCUCUCUGGACAUCGGUCUCCGGCGUCUCUUCCCUUGGGUCUUCGUCGUUGCUGACAUCCCCGGUGCAAUUCUCGGUGCAGAUUUCCUCGCCGCUUUCGAUCUUCUGGUCGACUGCCGUCAGUCACGUCUACACGACAAGACCACCAACCUCACUAUCCGGAGUAUCUCUUCAUCCGACACCUCCCGUCAUCUUGCCGUCUUGGACCCUGAACCCGAGAAUCCAUUUCGGCAACUCCUCGCCAAAUACCCCGGACUAACUCGUGCCAACUUCAACGUUUCUAUUCCACCACAUGACGUUGUUCACCAUAUUCGGACCACCGGCCCUCCCGUGUUUUCUCGCCCCCGCCGUCUCGCGCCUACACGUCUUGCUGCCGCCAAGGCCGAAAUCGAGCACAUGCUUCAAAUGGGCAUCAUCCGUCAGUCGGAAAGCCUAUGGGCCUCACCCUUCCACAUGGUUCCAAGGGCCGUCAGUGGUGACUGGCGUCCCUGUGGUGAUUACAGGCCCUGA